UUUGUUUAUUUGCGAAAUUUCUAAACAAAAGAUAACAUAAAUGCGCUUUACAUUGAAAAAUUUACCGAAAAACAGAAAAAUUUUUUAAAUUCUCACGAACAAUAAAUAAAAAACAAAAAAAAGUGCAAAAGUGCUAAGUUUUAGAAGCCCCGUUUGAUAGGUGUUUAGUAUCCCACACAAAGAACUGGACGAACCGAAGUAUAUUUCGGUUAAAAUAGACUGUGUUCUUUCAGAAGGAUAAAGGAAGUACAUAGAAACAGCAUCACCACUCUAACAAUAACAACAAAUGCCAAAUCAGGUUUCGCUGUGUGUCAUCAAAAUCGAAAUUGACCCUACACUUAGUGAGGACUUAGAACCUGGUGCCACCUCUGCUGAACAUCCUACAAAUCCGCGCAUGCUAAAGGAGCGAGAACGCGAUCGUGGUCUACGUCAAUCCAGUGAAAUUGUGAUAGAAACCUACACAAAUCGAUUGUGGGCAAUCGAAGAAGAGCUGCAGGCAGCAGCGGCAGCGCAGCAACAGGCAGUAGUUGAAGAAGGAGCUGCAGCGAUGGAAUUGAGUGGCGAACGUAAACGCGAUUUGCGCGCGACAGCUAGUGGCUCACGUGAAGCUACACCACUCGAGGAGGGGCAGUGUGCGCCAGAGUUUCCGAAAGAAAUUGGUUUCUUCUCCGGCAAUCCGGAAGUGACCAAUGGUAUUGUGCAUUUGUACAAGAAAAAUGAGCGUAAGGAGCUUAAGGAGGGCCCAUCCGAUAUGCUGUGCCUUCUUGCAGUGCCUGCCAGUGUCAGCUGUCAUGACCUAAUGGGCUUUGUGGCGCCUUGUCAGUCAGCGAUACGUCACAUUCGUAUUGUGCGUGACGGCAGUCCCAAUCAGUUUAUGGUGAUAUUAGAAUUUCGCUCAAACGGCGCCGCUUUGGAGUUCUAUCAGUCCUACAAUGGCGCUGCCUAUAAUUUGCUUGAACCCGAUUCACUAUGCCACGCAGUUUGGGUGUCGGAAAUCGAACGCGGUUGCAAUGGUGGGCCACCAACUGGGCAUACCGAACUGCCCAAUUGCCCAGUUUGUCUAGAGCGCAUGGACGAGAGCGUCGAUGGAGUUCUGACCAUACUUUGCAAUCAUGCCUUUCAUGCAAACUGCCUUAUCAAAUGGGGCGACUCCACCUGCCCUGUUUGCCGUCAUGUACAGACGCCGGAAUUACUUGAGAACUCUGUUUGUAUGGAGUGUGAAGGCACAGAUUCGCUUUGGAUUUGCUUGAUUUGCGGACAUGUUGGUUGUGGGCGCUAUCAAGGAGGUCACGCUGCUGCGCAUUAUCGCGCCACCAAUCACACUUUCGCCAUGCAGUUGGGUACUUCUAGUGUUUGGGAUUAUGCAGGCGACAAUUUCGUGCACCGCCUCUUUCAAAAUAAGACUGAUGGCAAGUUGGUGGCUACUGCCAAUGAUGAGGGUGAAGAGAAAAUCGAUUCAAUGCAAUUAGAGUUCACAUAUUUACUCACCUCACAGUUGGAUACGCAGCGCAAGUACUACGAAGAUCGUUUGGAUCGCUUAGAAAAGGAGUGGCGUGACUUUAAGUCGGGUGCCGACAAUGCCAGCAGCAAAGUAGGCGCCCUGGAGCAGAAAGUGCAAACGCUAACCAAGGAAAAACAGGCCUUGGAGCGCAAGCUGGCGCAAAAUAAUACGAAAUUAAAAGAACUACAAAAGCAACUCGCCGAGGAGAGUGAAUUCUCAAAAACGCUGCAAAUCAAUCACAGCUCCUGGCAGACUAAAUAUGCAACAUUGGAAAAUCAAUACAAAGAAUACAAGGAAGCGCGUGAGGCUGAGCUGAAUGAUGUCAAGGAGCAGCUGCGCGAUAUAAUGUUUUAUAUGCAGGCGCAGAGCAAGAUUGCGGAAUCCGACAUGAAAGAUGAUAUUGUGGGAGGCACGGUGGUGGUGCCUGAAGUAGACGCGGCCAGCACUUCUACAGGCAGGCGCAGGAAGAAACAUUAAAAUAAUAAAAAAAUAUAUUUUUUAACGAUAAUUUGCCGAGCUUCUCUUAUGGGUUUUGUGAAUUGCAUUAUUCGAUUCGUGUUUGCUUUUCCACGGGUGCUUACCACAAUUUUCAUAAGGAUGCUGCAAAUGCACAUACUUUCACAUACAAAUUAACUAAAGUAAAUGCUAUUAUUAGCGUGUAAGUAAGCAUCUUAGAAAUACAUUUUUUGCAUGUGAUUACUAAUUAAAUACAA